GAAAAGAUGGGAGGUGUUUAUUUUGUUCGUAGCAAUACGACCGCAACGCGUGCUUUCAUAGUUGUUCGUGAACCAACGAAGUGCAAUUCCCCAAAGGAAGCCGGCAUUGCCGUCUCUUGGUCCAUCUCAGGGCACAUAACUAAAUCCAUAUCAUUGAAUUUCAUAGCUAAUUUCGCAUUAAAGUACACACAAUUGCGUGCCAGAUCUCAUGGUGAUUCUACCUUACCAUCGUCCAAAUCCUGAUUAAUUCUACACAAAAAUUUUGUACGAUCUUCAGGGACUAUGUUCUACCAAGGAAAGCCCAUAGUCCAUGAAAGUCACACUGUGACUGGUGUACGCCUGUUUGAAUAUUUACAAACAAGUGGGGAACCCCGUAGCAGUUUGGGUGAACACUUUUAUAUAAAACCAAAGUUGUACUGUGAAAACGUGAGAGCGUAAUAAGAAUAAUAGCACACAAAGGUCAAUUUUAACAUCAUCAGUACUUCACACAAUGUUUUCCAAUGGAAGCCAGCGGCCGUAAAGCCAAAUGUUUGGAUAACAAAAGUGCAUCGACGUGGCAGCAUAUACAGACGUGUGUUUGCGAACCAGACAAGGGUCCAAACUUCAGCUUUUGAAAAGCGGCGCUCCCCGGAUAAAAGAGCAACCACACGGCAUCGACAUGGCGCGCUUUCAUUCCGUCGUAUUUGUGUGUGCACUACUACAACCUUCUAUGCAAGCCGUCAAAGAUGGAGCAAAAAUUAUCAACAAAGACCGGACAUGGAUUGGCUUAACCAACGGCUACGCAACCUUUGAGUGUCUGGCCAAGGGCAAUCCUCCCCCUACCGUGACAUGGUACAAUCCAAAUGGCAUAGAAAUUACAAAUGAUUUGAAUGCUGGCGGGAUUAACUUGGAAAACACUGUUUCUGGGGACAGGGUUGAAGGCUACGUGAUCAAGAGCCGCAUGAGCAUUUAUCAGUCUGGCAGCUGGUUGGGGGUUUACCGAUGUUCAGCUACCAACAACAUGGAGACACAUGACUUUCACGAAAUCCACUUGCUUGAAACAGACGCAAUCUACUCUAGGGCGCCCGCCGUUUACACAGCAGACCCUAAUGACCUGGCUAGGAGCAACAACACGCCAGUCGUGCUGGGCAUCAUUAGCGGUGCUCUAUUGCUGACGAUGGUGAUUGUGUGCAGCUGCUGGCAAUGUCUUGCUUGUGCCAAGCUCUCCGUCCAAGGAGAAUCAACGCCAACAUCGACAGAGCCGAACUGGGAUGAUGUUUUCGAUUACGAUGCUCCUCCGUCUUACGACGAAGUAUUAGAAAUGGACUCUGACACGAACGAAAAUGAUGAAUUCCCUCCAAAGUAUGACCCGCAAAGGGCGUGCAAUACGGCUGGCCUAUGUUGGGAAGAUAGACGAGAGGCAGAACAUUGCAUUUAGAGGGCAUAGUUCAUUGUUAACAAACGGUGUGGGUCAAGGAAGGGGAAGUGUGAAGAAUACGUGUUAGUUGUGUUAUUGCCAAGAAAUUACACAGAUUGGUUUUAAAAGUGCCUUUGACAUUCUGGUCUCAUUUCUAUAUUUCAUUACAUUUUAUUUUCCCAUACAUGUUUCUUUCGAGGUUGACUGUCUUCAAAAGACAUUCGAAAAUUGUUUUGCACCUUGUAUUUUCGUAACUUACAGAGCGACAGAGAGGGAAAAAACCUCGUCAUUUACUUGUAAAGCUCACAAUAAUUGUAGAAUUGUCCCUUUGUAACUCCUUCUGUUGAAUGCGAAUUCCUGUUUAAUGUGUGAAGAUACCUCGUGACAUGCAUAAAAUGCAUUUCAGUGUUCCUUGUAUGUAAAACCACUUUUUAGUCCCUUUGUCUUUCAAACGUAUUGGGCCGCCUAAAAAAAGCAUUUACUUAACAUCCAAUAUUUAGGCUUUUUCUCGUAGCUGUAUGACAAAUAUAAAACCAAAUGCUUUUUACUGGAAUACACUUACUUAAAGAAAGAGUAUUUCCUGGUAACUUUUUUCUCUUUAGCUUUAGCUAGACGAUAAGCAUUUGCUUCGGCUUGUAUUUUAAAAAGGAGUACAUUCUUCAUAACUGGAGCAUCUGCUACCAUUUUUCACACACUUUUAGCUUGAUGGGUUUGUUCCAUGUUUUGGAAACACCCAAUUUCACUUUUACUUCCUUUUUCCUUAUGAGCUUUUUCAUUAGUUCCUUAUUUGCUAAGGAGGUUCCAGUCGCGUGCUGAUACUUAUUUUUUUGCCAUCUGCUCAUGAAGUGCACAUUCCUUCCAGGCAACUGUAACUUCAGCAACGCGUGAUACUGCUUUACCAAAUUAAAUAGUUCACUUUACUUGCAUUCUGCAGUUGCAGAGAACUUUUCUGUAAAUGGUUUUUGUGGAUUGCAAUUAUAUGUACCGCCAACAUGCAUACCACAGCUCAUCAACUCCUAUCUGCUCUGUGUGCCUGUACGUACAGACAGUAGAACCCCUAUUGUUAAAGACCAUUCGGCUGCAUAGUCAGCCACGAGUAUUCAGCAUUUUGCUGCCCUUUGUACAAGCAGAUGCUGAGUAGCUGAGUAGCGAAAGAAACAUUUUAUUCAAAUAAAUUCAAAGAUCGGCUAAUUGUAAAUGUUUUUACAAUUGUUUUGUUUUUUUGUUACAUGCUCGUUUUGUUUGCUGGAAUUUCAUAGCAUUUGAUCGUUUGAAUUCACACCACCCAAUGAGCUAGUACGCUAAGGCAGCAAUCGCUCUUGGGCCCAUUACAGUUUCAAUGAGAAGCUAAUAAUGAAACUGUAUAUGAAGUAUCAGGUUUUUUUUUAAUGCAAGGAGAGUUUUGAUUUGAUAUUGUAUAUAUGGGUACUCACAACCACCUUUUUCGUCCUGCAUCGUCAAGGUGUUAAACUUUUUAUCCACACUUUUGACAUAUGACACACAAUUCGUAACAAUGGAGGAGUUAGAUGAAUAUUACAUUGCACUCACCACAAUUAAUCUAUCAACACUGAAAAAGACAGGUAGGGCCCGACACUGUCUUGAAUGCCUUAAUGGGUGUAAAUUCCAGUGGGAUAGGGAUAUACAUGUAUAUUCCCUCACAAUUUUUGACCUAGGAGUGGGCAGUUGAAUUAUCCCCUGCUUUUUAGUGGUGAGAAUACAAUUAUGAAAAAAGGAGAGCAUCAUUCAAAGAAGCUAUAAAUAGAUUACCUUUUACGGUAAAUGUACGAUUUUGUAGUCAUGUAAUAAAUAUUGCAGAAAUUUCAUCUGUAUCAUGAACCUCA